ACAGAGCCACCGGACAGUAGUAUAGCAGAGGCAAGCCUUCGUACAAUAAACUCAUCUGAUUCUCCCGUCAUUACUGGCUUCAUGGUCUAGAAUGGGGCACAUUUUCCUUCUGUUGCUGACAUGGCUGGGGGUAGUGACAGCCUUCAGUCCGACGGACACGAACCCGAUCAACCUUGUUGUGGACCAGGCUUCAGGCGGGUUUAAGCUGAACGUACCAAACUCAACUCUUAGCUUCAACAGCGCAGAUAUCUUCUUCCAGGUGAAUGGGAAGCUGUACAGCACGGCAGAUGGCAGUCUGUUGUACACUACAUUCGCUAGCGGCCUGGGUACCGACCCGCUGGGGAAGUACCAGUACAAGUCCAUCCAUUGGCAGGCCGGGGGAGUCAGGGUGGAGACAUACUACCGUUACUACAUGGAUGCACCUGCUGUCGUGUUUGGGCAGCACUUCCCAGACGGCGCGAACGGCACCAGCGUCGGGAACCAGGAACACACCUGCACGGGGUUUCCCACCAUCGCGCUGGAGGGGCAGGCGGGCCUACUCGCUUACCUGUCCUUCGGAGGGAACAUGUUCGGAGGGGCCAGCAUCGGGGCCGGAGAGUGGUAUUACCAGACGACAGGGAUCCGGUCCGGCAUCACCGGCGGUCCUCUCGCCAUCUUCGACCGGACCCUGCACACCGUGGUCCUGUCCCCCUUCAGUCAGUUCAUGGCGGCCUCGGUCUGGCACAACGGCACGGGGGGCGGCACGUUCGGCGGAGAGGUCAACUAUGGCAUCAUGGGGGAUGUGGAAAACAUCCCACCAAAUUUUGACUAUCAGACCAUCCUGUUCUAUGACAAAGGUAUCAACCAGGCACUACACGAGUGGGGAGGGACACUGAUGAAGCAAUACGGAAAAACUAGGGCAAGAACAGAGAGUGACUUUGCCAGCAACUACAUCGGCUAUUGGACAGAUAACGGAGCUUACUAUUACUACCACACGGAAUCCGGGAAGAACUAUGAAGAGACCAUGGUGGACGUGAUGGCUUAUACAAAGGAGGCUGGGAUACCUUACAGGUACCUGCAGCUGGACUCCUGGUGGUACUACAAAGGCGUGGCAGGCGGGGUGAAGACGUGGGACGCGCGGCCGGACGUCUUCCCGAACGGACUCAGGGCUCUGUAUGAAAAGAUAGGACUCCCUAUUGUUGCGCACAAUAGAUACUGGGCAAAAGACACCACGUACGCGAAACAAAAUGGCGGAAACUACAGCUUUAUCGUUGAAAAGCAGUCGACGACGUCAAUGCCGAUAGACAUGAUGUUCUGGGACGACCUGUUUACCCAGUCUGCCGAGUGGGGACUCAUCGUUUAUGAACAGGAUUGGCUUGAUGUGGAGUUCAAAGGUCUGAAGGCGACUCUGUCCAGCACCAGCCUGGGGAAGCAAUGGUUGAUGCAGUUCGGACAGGCGGCGUCCUCACACGACCUCAACAUCCAGUACUGCAUGGCCAACCCGCGACACGCGCUGCAGAGUGUACAGAUUCCCGCUGUUACACAGGCUCGAGUUAGUGGUGACUACCACCCUGGGAACGAGCAGUGGCGCAUCGGCAUCGGGUCCAUCAUGGCGCAUGCGCUCGGAGUGCGCCCUUACAAGGACACGUUCUGGAGUACCACGAACCAAACUGGCAGUCCAUACGGCCAUGCUACGGAGCCUUACCCGCGACUCCAGGCGGCUGUAACCACCCUCAGCGCCGGGCCGGUUGGACCGAGCGACAUGGUGAAGGGCGCGGAUGUCAAGCUCAUCAUGAGGUCCUGCAAUGCAGAAGGUCUCCUGCUGAAGCCAUCACGACCAGCAACAGCUAUAGACCUACAGAUCGCACAGAAAGCGUUCCAGCUUGAUCUGGGUCCUAAGGGUGAGGUGUGGACGACGUACAGCGACAUCUCCGGCUUCCGGUUUGGGAUCAUCCUGGCUGCGGACCUGCAGGUCGACUGGAACAUCACCUCCGUCACGGCAGGCUUCGGAGAGAUGAUGUUCGGCAUGGCCUUUACGUUGCCGUUUACAACGACAUCCUUAACACCGUUCGGUGUUGCCUCAGAAAACCUGCUGUUAAAGCAGUGCGGAAAGGACGACUUCGCCGUGUGGUACACCUCACCUUUCCUGAACCUCCUGACGAACAAGACGGUAAUGAUCAUUGGUGAGACAGACAAGUGGGUCCCAAUGUCCCCCCAGCGGGUGACCAACAUCCACACGUACGGCGACACUGUGGAACUGUCCCUGACAGGAGCGCCAGGCGAGGUGGUUACCAUGUCGUAUGGUAUUGAAUCAAAAGGUUGGAUGGAAACCAAAUGUGUUCUGGACGAGGCCGGGACUGCAACACUUAACAUCAAUAAGGAAACUUGCUACUGAUGAUGACAUCACUGUGGCACUGCCCCUACAGUUGUCAGGCCAUAGUCAAUUUCUUUGUGAAUAUCCUGUAUUGUGCAAUGUUACUGACAUAUGCAUCAUUGCCAUGAUUACUGUUAAGGUAUUUGUUCUAUUUUAUGUGCUAGGAUGUUAGGGUUUGGUUUAUUACAGCAGCAACUGAUGUCCCCUCCCACAAUUUACCAAUUCCAUAAGGAUUAUCUUCCUGUCCCAAAAUUAUUUUUGGCUGGGCACACCUUCUUACUUCAGUCUUGAAGAACGAAAUGCAUUAACUAGAUACCAAAUGUGAUUUUACUGGUACAGAAUACGAAUUCUAUUAAACGAAGAUUUAGCCUAGGUGAUGCUUUGAGGAGUGUACCUCUGGCAUCUUCUCCUCCAAUGAUCUAACACUAGUUCACCUUUCUCCGUUGGGUAACCUAUAUCCGUUGCUUUUAAAAACAGGGUAUUUGGGGAUAUUAUGUCGACGGACGUUGGUUUCAAAUUGCAAUACUUUCAGUAUAUUGCAGUUUAAUCGACUUGAUAUACCUAAAGACCCUAUUUUGAACAUAUAUACAGAUAUAGGUUACCCAGCGGGUAAAGGUGAACUUGCCUUACAUACGGUUGACGUCAUACUUUAAAGAUACUGGUAGUACUUGGCUAAGAGUACUUGACGUGACAUACAAAUGACAAUGGACAAGCUGUGCUUGUGGGUAGUGCUUUCUUUAUUCCAUCUCCAUGUCCAGUGACCACACCACGUUAGCAUGAGAUAGCAAUAUACUUGUUAGCAUGGGACCAAAGAGCAACAGACUCAGUGUGUGUUUAUAUGGCAUGGCUGGAGGCAAGUUAGGUCACAGCUACAUGUAUAUACUACUGGAGCAACAUCUCGGACUUAAGACAUCAAUAACGUGACUGACUAGGAACUGUUUUGACACAACCUCAGUCCUGGAAACUUGGUACAGCUUCUCUCCCUCUGAAUGAGACAGAAGGACUGUAAUUCAAGAUAUCCAUGGUAUGUAAUGUCGUUAACUUGGACAAUAAAUUCAAGCCAAUCUAGUGAACACUCAGAAGUUACAGAAGUAUGUUAAAUCUGAUGAAAUCAGUUAUUUCUAUCAGUUUUCAAAUGCGCAGACCAGUGAAGAAAGGGAAAAGAAUUGUUCCACAUUUAACCUAUCCUUUCAGUACCCUGCUUAGAAUUAGUGUGAUUCAAAAAGGUGUAGAGACAUAAGAUGUAUGUACCUUUCAGAUUACCCUUUCAUCAUCUCUGAGGGCCAACUUUCUUCUCAUCAAUUUGAGAACCAACUACUUUGACUGGAGAUCAUGGACUACACGUCUAUAUGCAUCAUUUUGAGAGUCUGCCGGCAUACCUUUGCAGCAGUACCAUUUUGUUCCCACUUCAGGUUGCUGUCAUUUGUUUCAAAAUCAGUUACAAACAUCUUCAGUCAUGAAAAAUAUUAAGUCUCUUGACAGAACACUUUUCCACAUUGAAAACCGGGUAGGUUUCUAGAGGGCCGAGUGGGAAGAAAAGGUUUACAUCUGGUUUCAUUCUUGUAGCUUCUGUCUUAUAAAAGAAGGAUGGUGUAAGAAUAUGUUGGAAGGCCUGUGACUAUGGAGGAAAUGAAUUGUCAGCAGAAGUGCUAUAGAAUUGUUCUGUUCAAUGGUUUUGAUGGGCAAAGUAAAACAUGUUUUCCAUGUCCACUGUGUAAAGGGUCAAGGUUUUCAAACUGAAUAUUUCCUUUCUGACAAAUGUUACAUUGUUUUUCCAAUUCCAUCCAUAGUUCUUCCUACUUCAGCCGAGAUCAUCUAGCCAAUCAUACAGGAGAGUUGUGGUUUGAUCACUGAAACACCAGUUUCCACUGUUGACCAAAGUAAGACAACAUUUCGUGGCCAUCAAAAUCUUAACACAAAAUUCUAUCUUCAGUUCUAUUCUUGCCAGCAAUUCACUAAUGUUGUAUUCAGGCAGCUUAAAAAUCUACUAUCCCAUCAGUAAACAGCAUCCAUUAUAUUCUUCAACAUGAGCUUUUCAAUCAUGUAACAAGUCCUGCCAUCUUCAAAAAUCUGCAAACCAUUCUAGUC